AAGUCAGAGGAGAGACUUCAGGGAACGAUGAGUGUUCAGGUUGUUCUUGAUGGAUGUGUUUCUCCUGGAACUCCUGCAGUUGCUGCCAGCCAGAUGGAGCUCUCUGCCUCUCAGAGAGGUACUCUGAAUGCUCCUGGUGGAAACAUCAACAUCAGCGACGUUCCCAUCACUUUCUAUGGAAAAACAUACACAUGGUUACACGUGAAGAUGGGCAAUAGGAAUGAAGUUUGUUUAAAAAAUGACCCAUCUGAGGACGACAUUGACUGUGUGGUGACCAACGAGGGGGUGGCUUCAAACAAAGUGGACUACAGUAUAGAACCUGGAUCAUUUCCCCCUCACUCUUCUCUUGUUAACAUCAAAACCCAGGCACAGGGUCUCGUUGAUCUCAAGUUCUUCACUGGUGCUACACAGAAUAUGGAUUGGGAAUUCUUCAAUUAUGGUUUACAAGCUGUUUGCGGGACAUAUCUUCUUGGUGGCCGUCCGUUUUCUGCUAGUUUCAACAUUUCUACAACAGUCGGUGGCACAGUGAUGGAUACCUGGGAGCCUCCUGCAGAUGCAGCUACUUAUCGAGACCUGAGUGGAUGCAGAGGCUCAGGUGGCGCUGUAAUGCCGGGUUCAGAGAUGCCCAACUUAGGGCCCAGCGCAGAGCCCUGCUCUGUUGAACUCUGUUCUCUGUCUGCAGUCGUCUCUAAUGUCACUGCAUGUGGGCCCGAGGAGGUUUGCCAAGCGGACAACACGUGCGCUGAGGUUCCUAAGGCCCCGGUGGUGUGCACGGUGACGGGCUCCACGGUGAUCGGUUUCCACGGAGCAGUGCACUCUGUCCAGGAUCGCUGUGCCUACAGUCUGAUGGAGCCUGAAGGCAGCGCCAGCUUCAACCUCAUGGCCGCUUUCAGGGAGCGCCGGCGUACAGAUGUUCCUCUUCUGGACCACCUGAUCCUGUCGCUGCCAGGUGUGACCAUGUAUCUGGAGCAAGGAGGAAGAGUCCGGGUUGGUGGUGAAGCCCUGGUGCUCAGCAGCACAGCUCAGCUGAUGCACGGCGUGGAGCUCUCCAAGGACCAGACUGGAGUCACUGCUAAGUUCCCGUCCUCCAACAUGACUCUCUUCUUUGAUGGCAACAGCGCACAUGUGACAGGACUUCCUGAAGCUGUAGAGGGUUUGUGUGGCAGCCCCUCCAACUCCAGCUGGACCACCACCCCGACUGCAGAGAAGUCCUCUAUCAGCCUCCCUGGCUGUGAGAUUCAAUACCAGGACUCAGUCGACAGCGCCAUCAACUGCAACAUCUCCACCGACCACUGUAAUCUCAUGAGGCAGCCUCCCUUCUCCGCCUGUCACGAGCACACCGACCCAGAGCCGUACAUCAGCGCCUGCACACACACUCUGUGCAGAUACCCGUCAGUGGAUGGGGUCGACUGCCACUUUUUGGAGGCUUACGCCAAGGCCUGCAGCCUGGAAGCCAACGUGACCCUGGAGGACUGGAGGUCAACUUCUGGCUGCUCCCCCCCCCCUCUCUGUCAGCAGCCCUGCAGUGAUCAUGAGUUCUGUGGAGCAGAGAUCUGGUCGUCGUCUCGCUGCUUCUGUCGGGCUGGGUUCUCCUCCAAGUACAGAGCCACCAAGUCUUUAGGCGAGCCGCCGGUCUGCAGGCAGGGCUCGGCCACUGUGACUCUGGCUGGAUGUCUGCUGGCUGACAAAGGCAUCGACUUCUCCACCUUACACCUGAAAGACCCCAGCUGCAAGGGCCACAUGGACCCCCAGAGCCACCUGGUGACCUUCAGCUUCGACAGCAGCAACACCUGCGGGACGGAGGUCAUGAAGAACGGCAGCCAGACCGUCUACGAGAACUCCAUCGUGUCGAGCAACCGCUCAUCAGGCGGCGUCAUCACGCGCCAAGACCAACUCAAGAUCGACUUCUCCUGCUUUUACAAACAGCCGGAGGUCAAGAGUGUGUCCUUCACUAUCAGAGACAGGUGAGGGUCCUCCUGGUCCUUAAUGCACCACAGCUUAAC